AUGGGUAUUUUAAAAGGCAAAGAAGCCGCUCUGGAAAAUAUUGAAAAAUCAAAAACAGCUUUUUUGGCUAAAAUGUCAGAAGUUGAGAAAGGUCCAUCGUCAAACACUAUGCCACCCAAGGAUCAUUUCGUUGUUCGAUUUGAUAAAGAAUCAGUUCGAAAUUUAAGAGGAAGAGUCUAUGAAAACAUGAAAGAAUAUACCUAUGAACAAAGAGGCGAAGGUAUAGUACCAAUGUUAGCUGAUACAGACAAAGAAGAGAAGGCAGGUGUAAUUCUUAAUCCCGUGAAGCCACCUGAGCCAACUGUUGGUGAACAAUAUGUAGCAUGCAUUUUUGACAAUUUGAAACACGUAGAUGUUUUAGUUCACAUUGAUUGGAGUGAAGUUGAUGAAUUAGUUAAAACAGCAAAUGCAAGACGAAAAUCAGUCGUCUAG